AUGAGAUAUGAGGGCUAUCAUGAAGGCUACACUGAGCAUCUGCCCGUCUGGGUGAACUGGACAGAGAACUUAGCAGUUGCAUCCAUGGGGAUUUGGUGGGCAGCCGGGUUCUCCACGGCAGCCAUCCGCAUCAUUGAUGAUGAUGCUCGAGGUCUGCCAAUGGAUGGUGGAGAUGUGCAGGUCAACAAGUUCAUCCAGAUUCUUCGAUCGGAAAGGCUACAUGAUGGCCUGGGACUGGCACACACCCUCAGCUGCAUUGGAUUGUUCAUCAGCAUCGUCCUGCUGUGCAUUGCCAUGGGAUUGAUGAAGGGUUCUGUCACGGCUUGCGAGCUGUGCCUCUGCUUCGUUGCCAUAGGCUUCGCCAUCCCACACGCAGUGGUGUCCUGCCGGCGCUUAGACCUGAGCAACCCCAAGAAGACGGAGGAUGCUGCGCCUCUGCCUUCAGAGGCUGCGGAGGCCGCUGCGCAGGAGGCCGCUUCCCUGGGCCCGCAGUUGUGCGUCAUCCUCGCUUUGGCGGACUCACCUGGACAUGCGUACUUGUGGCAGAAUUUUGUUUACUUCGUAGCUGCCAUUGCCUUUGUGGCUGCAGUCGCAGCCUGCGGGCGCUCCCCUCCUAAGGUGGGCAAUUCUGCCCUACCACCGCAGACAGGAGAAUUUGCUACAUGCCUCGUGCUGGACUUCGUCGCUUCAGUGGCCCUGGUCAUCUGCUUCCCUCAUCUCAACAACUGGCACUUGUGGGCCAUGACCGCUCUCCUCAUUGCACUCUUUGCCGCCACCUGGUUUGAGGGUUGGCGAGACCUGCUCAUAGACUUGCUGGACCCCUUGUUCGUGGUCCGCAGCGACACUGACAAGGCCCUGCCCGGCAAGCAGCGAGAGACCCUGAGACGCGUGUCGUGGGUUUGCUGCCUGGUCUGUGGCGCCGUGGCCAUGUGGGACAUCAUGCUUCAUCCGGUGCAGGAGGGUCUCUUCGAGCUUCCUGACUCUUUGCACGCCUUGGACGAUGGGCUCGCAGACCUCUGGGACAAGAACACCAUGAUGCUCUUAAGAUGGAAGCCCGGCGAGGGCCGAGGCGAGACAGGCUUACUCUGGGCGGCCGCAGAGUCUAUGGGCCUCGACGCCCUGACUCUCAAGAAGCAGGCCAUUUUUGAGGAGCAAAGGCUGCUGCUGUUCAAGUACGACGCUGGCAAGGAUGGGGAAAAGAAGCCGGGCGGAGCGUCAGUGCACUCCAAGUGGAAAUCAAGCGUGGCCGGCCCCAAGGGAGACCUGGAGAAGAUCAUCGACACCAGCUUUCCGGCUGUCUUGAACGUGACCUUGUGCCUUCAUGCCCAUGCGCAUACAGAAAUGGCGAAAGCCAAGGUCCGAAGUGAUGCAAGAGAAGCAGGGGCCGAAGCCUCAACUGUACAAGAGCAAACCCUAAACCCUAAACCCUAA